AUGAAUCAAAGGAUGGUUACGGAGAGUAGAGCCAAAGCCUUCGUUUCACUGGCACAAAAAUGCAAAACCCUAAACCAGUUCAAGCAAAUUCAUGCCCACCUCCUCAAAACCUAUCUAUUCGAAAACUCCCUUGCCAUCGGGCCUCUACUUUCUAUAUGUGCAACCUCUAAAAUCUCUUCUUUCUUCUCUUACGCUCAAUUGAUUUUCAAUCAAUGUAGUGAAAGAAACACAUUUAUGUACAAUUCCAUGAUUAGAGGCUAUAUGCAGUCUAAUUUACCAAAACUUUCCGUUUUGUGCUACUUAGAUAUGAUAAAUAUUGGGCUUGAGGCUAACAACUAUACUUUUACACCGCUGAUUAAAGCAUGUACAAUUCUUGGUCCUUCUUCGAAGAUAACUGGUCGUUUUAUACAUGCCCAUGUUGUUAAAUUUGGAUAUAAUUACGACCCUUUUGUUGUUAGCUCGUUGAUUGAAUUUUACUCGCUGGUUAAUGAAAUGGAAACUGCACGAGCAUUGUUUGAUAAAAGUGUUGAAAGAGAUGUGGUUAUGUGGACAGCGAUGAUCGAUGGAUAUGGCAAAAUGGGAGAUGUUCAGAAUGCGAGAGCAUUGUUCGAUAAAAUGCCUGAGAAAAAUGCAAUAUCAUGGAGUGCGAUAAUGGCAGCUUAUUCCAGGAUUAGUGACUUCAAAGAGGUGCUUUCUUUGUUUAGGCAAAUGCAAGAAACAGGUGUGAAACCCAAUGAAUCGGGUCUUGUUAGCGUUCUUACAGCGUGUGCUCAUCUUGGUGCGUUCACUCAAGGCUUGUGGGUUCACUCAUAUGCUAGACGAAACAACCUUGAUAAGAAUAUGAUCUUGGCCACUGCAUUAGUUGAUAUGUAUUCCAAAUGCGGUCACCUGGAAUCAGCUUUAUCAGUGUUUGAGGGGAUUUCUGGGAAAGAUGCCGGAGCAUGGAAUGCCAUGAUUUCAGGCAUUGCAAUGAAUGGAGAUGCAAGGAAAUCACUUGAACUUUUUGAUAGAAUGGUCAUAAGUGGAACACAGCCCACAGAGACAACGAUUGUUUCAAUCCUUACAACAUGUACGCAUGCAAAAAUGGUUAACAAGGGUCUUAAAUUGUUUGAAGAAAUGAGUAGUGUCUAUGGGGUCGAACCCCAGCUGGAGCAUUACGCAUGUGUUGUUGAUCUCUUGGCAAGAGCAGGUAUGGUGGAGGAAGCAGAGAAUUUCAUUGAACAAAAAAUGGGAGGGCUAAGAGGGGAUGUGAAUGUGUGGGGGGCACUACUGGCUGCAUGUAGGAUAUAUGGGAAAGUUGAAGUUGGUAACAGAGUUUGGAAAGAGCUUGCUGAAAUGGGAAUAGCUGAUUGUGGCACUUCUGUACUCUUAUAUAAUAUGUAUAAAGAAGCUGGGUGCGAUAUGGAAGCAAACAAAGUUAGGAAACUGAUAUCAGAGGCUGGAAUGAAGAAGAAACCCGGUUGCAGUGUAAUAGAGGUGGAUGGUGUGGUUGAAGAAUUCCUUGCAGGCGAUACUUGUCAUCUACAGACAUCAGAAAUAUACCGGACAGUUGAUUCUUUUUCCAAAAUGUCAAAUUUUGAGGAAAUACUGUGAAAUGUGGCUAUUUUCUAUUUGAGAGGAGUGUUUAUCUGCCAUCAAGUACUGGGAGAGUGAGGGUCGCUUCACUGGAAUUCUGGUGUCAUAUGCAGUGGUUUUCAUGAAAAUCUUCAGCUGACAGUAGACCAGUGAUGAGGCGUUUUAGCCUUUCAGCACCAGGUCCAGGCGUAAGUUUACUGGUGUUUGUCAUGACAUGAUAUGGAGCGCUCAAGUUUGAGUUUCUUUCCUUACUGAACCAUUCUUCAGGCGCAUAUCCAUCAGCAUUGCAGCCUAGCAACUCAGAAUCGAUCUUGUCAAGAACCGGUUAAUUCCUCCAAAAUUUUCUUGCAAAGGGAGCAUUGCUCUUGACUAUCCUAUGAUAAUCAUCAGUAGUGAGAAUAUGUGGGAGUUGUUUUGGAGGAUUGCCUCAAGAUAUGAAAUGGAGGUCAUGGUUUACAAUAGUAUUUCGGAACUCUUCAGCAUUACAGAUAACUGUAUGAAAAUACCCUUCGGGCGAAGAUAGAAAGUUGGUGUAAUGCAUAAGGACUAUCCUUGGGAGAUUGUCCCGCCCCCACAAACAGAAUUCCAUGAAUGGACGAGAGAGCCUCAUCCAAGCAGAACCUGAAGAAAUCAUCAAGAAACAAGUUGCAUGUCAGGAUUUUCUGAUAGAUCAGUAAAAACUUGAUCUGUUUAUCAUGUCUGAAUGUUCUAGGUUAAACAAAACUUGAAAUCUGUUUUUGCCAUGUAUCACAUGCAGUAAUCCAUGAGGGGAAAUUUUCAAAAUACAUCGGAACCUUUCUCGAAAAUUAUCAGCACAAGAAUGUAAAUCCUCACCUGUAAAUAGCCUAUAUGCAUUUGAAGCACUCCUUUUCAGUGUGACCCAGAAGACACACUGUACAGCCCCAGAUCAAUUGUAACAGGCUUGGCUCUCUGAUACCUGUAAAGAGAACAUAUAUUUCUUAUGCGUAAGUUUACAAAGCAUUAUAUUUUCUACAUAA